AUGAUGAAUCAGACACUAAUAAUGGGAUUCUUGCUAAUGAGAUUUGCUGAGAAUUGGAUGCUGUCCAGGAUGCAUGCUGUUCUCUUCUCUCUCAUCUACAUAGUGGCCAUGUCAGAGAAUUUAAUCAUCAUCAUCCUCAUAAUUUUUGACCAACACCUCCAUACCCCAAUGUACUUUUUCCUCAAGCAUUUGUCCUUCUUAGAUAUGUGUCUCAUUUCUGCCACAGUCCCCAAAUCCAUUCUCAACUCCAUCUCCAUCACUGAUUCCAUCUCUUUCCUGGGGUGUGUGUUUCAGCUCUUUGUGGUGGUACUCUUGGCUGGGUCAGAGAUUGGCAUCCUUACUGCAAUGUCCUAUGACCGCUAUGUUGCUAUCUGUUGUCCUCUGCACUAUGAAGCUGUCAUGAGCAGAGGGUCCUGUGUCCAGUUGAUGGCUAUGUCCUGGUUCAACGGAGGGGUCUUGGGAAUAUUGUACUCAGUUGGUACAUUCUCUCUGAAUUUUUGUGGCUCCAAUAAUAUACAUCAGUUCUUCUGUGAUGUUCCUGCCCUACUAAAGCUCACUUGUUCUAAAGAGCAUGCCACCAUUAGUGUCAGUGUGGCCAUUGGGGUCUGUUAUGCAUUUUCUUGUCUAAUAUGCAUUGUAGUCUCCUAUGUCUAUAUUUUCUUCACUGUGUUAAAGAUCCCAUCUGGUCAGGGCCGAUCCAAAGCCUUUUCCACCUGCCUGCCUCACCUCAUUGUUGUGAGCAUGUUUCUUGUUACAGGUGCCGUUGCUUAUUUAAAGCCAGACUCUGAUGUGAGCUCUAUUCUAGACUUGCUCAUAUCUGUGUUCUAUUCUGUUGUACCCUCAGCCUUGAAUCCUAUUAUCUACUGUCUGAGGAAUAAGGACAUUAAAUCAGCCGUAGGUAAAGUCUUUGUGGGAUGUUAG